AAUAUAUUGCACAUAUCUGAUACCAGCCAAAUGACAAACAAACGUUCAUGAAUGACGCACGACUUUUUAGUCGUAGUAAAACCAAAGUACAAAACCAUAUACACUUUAUAUAUACGAAAACAAUGACGGAGGACAAUGCGCCGAAAACCAGUGUUAACAAAACAUACGAACUCGACGUCGACGAUAUCGGGAGUGUACCACACUGUCCAGAAAUUCAAAAACAACUAUACUCAGCCCCAUAUCAAACGGAACCUGUUUACGAAUCGCCCUUGUGCUUGGAAUUAAACGCAAAUACAACUCAAAGACGCGAAUCGGCAGAAGGCAAAGGACGGCGUUCUAAAAGGAAUAAUAUUUAUGAAACAACAAAUGACGAAGCAUUACUAAAUGGGGGAUGUUAUACGGGUUAUUCAUAUGUAACGAACACAGGGAAUGUCAUCCCACGUUUCGCUUAUGACAAUCCUGUACGCGCAACGUCUAGGGAUGUAGACCAUGAGUAUGAAGAAAGCUUCAGAAAUUCACGUUUCAGCAAGAACGUUGUGUAUGAUGAUAUAGAUUCCCCCAAAACGCUCACAAUCCAAGGCAUACGUGAUACUAAAACUGGUGCGCCAAACAGAUAUUCGUGCGGCAACGGUGCGCGCAAACAACGCACAAAUUGUGUUCAGAUUUUCACCCUGCUGUUGAGCAUACUAGCCUGUAUUAUUGCUAUAUUAGCGUUCCUUGUGGCAUCAGGAAAUGUAAAACUGAAAGGUAAGUUUGUACGUUUGUAUUUUGUAUUAUGUGGUUUUAUGUACUAUUUUCAAGAACGAUGAUCCAUAUAAUAUAGUACCGAUGUAUUGUAGCAUUUGUAGAAACGUAGGUUUUGGAACAUAUUGUAGGUAGUUAGUAGCCAAGCAAAAUUAGCAAAUGGCCUUCGCAGUCGAGAUUGGAAAGCAUGUGGCCCAUUUAAUUAACACGCACUUACUUAUAACUUAUCAGUCAUAAUUUUUCAGCUAACGUUAACGAUAGUUUCACUUGUCCCCGCUCUUUGGUAAUAUCUAGUACCUGAAAUGUUUGUAAAACGAAAGUUGUACAACUAAAGCCCCGGUCAAAUGCGGAUGACAGUUGAUGAGAGUUGAGAAGAGAGAGUUUGCACGAGUGAGAAACUCAACGGGCAUCAACUCUCAUCAACACUGAUCAAAAUUUGAACCAGCUCACAAUUGAUGACAGUCCAUGAGAGUUGGCAGGAAGACGCAGCAAGAGUACGUGGAACAUC